AGGUCCCUGAGAAGCUGGAUAUUCUGAAGUCAGAAAGCUGAGGCAAUCGAGAAAGCCUACCGCUGUCCUUCUUGGCCUAUAAAUUUCUCAAAAGGAGAGACGAAAGGUAUUAAGCGUGGUCAAGGAAGCUAAGCAGAAGAAGGUUUAGAAGGCGGAAGUUCGCAGUACGGGGUUUUUAAAGAAUGAGAAUCAUAGCAAGCCAUUGCACCCUGUAGCAAUCUAAACAGAAGCGCUGGCAUACCAUUUUUAUCCGCAGUGGGAUGGAAGAACGCAUCUUUAAGCACUCAGAUGCCGUUGAUAUACAAGCUGAUACAAAACUUGACCUUCCACUAAGUCAGUCAAAAACAACUAGAUUGGGUUAAGAUGGGGGUGGGAGUUGAUUAACAGAAAUAAUCAGAACACUUAUUUUUUUUCCGUUUACAGGUUUUUGUUCUAUCCAAGCUGGCGUGGGAAUUUAUUAUUGCUGCUGUUCUCAAAAUUCCUGGCGAAGACAAGAGAGAGCUAUCUCUAGAUCUACUAAUCUUGCUUACAGUGUUGCAAACCUUAACCGUAAUUUCGAUACAGAUGGCUGGAUGUCGACUCUCCCUUGGUGACCAGAAGCGAAUUCCGCCCAAGUACAUUUGCAACCAGUGCAGUUUUGUACUGAGUGAGCCAAUGCAGACGCCUUGUGCUCAUUUUUAUUGCAGGACUUGUUUAGAAGACUUGAAAAGGUAACGGGCUUCAACCUUCAGAUCUAAUUUAUUAGAACUGGAAGGUUCUAAAGAUGUUAAACAGAAAAUUGCAUUCGCUAGGAUAUGUACUUCGCUUUUUCUUUUGCUCAUGAUAUACACCUGAUGUAAUAUAACGAUGACGAUUUAAUAUAACAAGUAGUGCGAAUUACUAGCGUUAAACUUGAGCAUAAGUCUGUCAGAUAUACUCCCUUUAGUUUCCGCAAUAGAGAAUGUUGGUUUAAUUGGUUUCCGUAUUAACAGUGUUUUACAGAAAGGUGGAAGGGUGGUGUGAGUGUGUGUGCGUGUUUGUUUUGUUUUGUCUUUUUUGGGGGGGGGNAUAUAACGAUGACGAUUUAAUAUAACAAGUAGUGCGAAUUACUAGCGUUAAACUUGAGCAUAAGUCUGUCAGAUAUACUCCCUUUAGUUUCCGCAAUAGAGAAUGUUGGUUUAAUUGGUUUCCGUAUUAACAGUGUUUUACAGAAAGGUGGAAGGGUGGUGUGAGUGUGUGUGCGUGUUUGUUUUGUUUUGUCUUUUUUGGGGGGGGGAAGUGGAGGGGGGAAGGGGGAGGGGAGGGGAGGGGGUGGUAGGUUUCUGGGUGGUUUAUUAAUCCCUCGCCCGCGAGGUGCUGUCCGGUCUUUCUCCUGAAAUAUACCGUGGCUCAACCCAUCAGGAGCAUUUAGUACGAAGUCAAAUCGUGUUGUCGUUUCGUUGUUUCGUCGUUUCUUUGUGUGACUUCGUGGCUUCGUUCCGUCGUUUUGUCCACCAGUUUCUUUUAAUCGGCGCCGUUUUCUCUUGUCACUUCGUGGCUUCUUCCCGUCGUCUCGUCGCCAUAACGUCCAGGAAUGGUAUAAUUAUAUAGAAAGUGUGACAAUAUUUCCGUAAACCACAAGCGACCAGAUAAAAUUCUCCCAGUGGAGCUUAUGCUUGCAAUUUCACCCACUUUUUCCUUAUAUAUUUUGCUUAACUAACUUGCAUUUCAACCAUUCAUUUUCUUCAAGCGGAGACACGACUUACAAAUGUAAAGUUGACAAUGAAGAGUUUAACACCUCAGAGGUAAUUAAGACACUUGACACAAUUCAACUUAAAACAUUACACGGGGAGGCUCCACUCUGCCCCAUUUUCCAACUCCUUACCCUUUUAUAUACCAUUUUUGACUGACAACGUAUCGCUUUCGUAUACCUUCUACUGAAGAAUGAUACCCCUCUUACGAACCUUUGUAAAAGCACUCAUCUCUAGUCUUUUUGUAAUAAAGUUAAUGAUGAUAUAUUAUUACGGGGAAACACUGAAAUUAAAAAAUGAUAAAGCCGUUAGAUACGGAAGCGUAUGUUUGAAUGGUUGUAAGUUGAUUUUACUGCGCAAUUCUGCCCUUUUCUACUAUUUAACAACAAGUUGGUUGAAUAAAAUGUCUUUCGUACUUUCUGUAACUUUCACUAGACCAAGCGUUUUUUAGAAGUAUUUAAAUGGUUCAACGACGAAAAUGCCAUCUCCUUGGUGCUAUCCAUUGAGUGAACUACUCUUUGGUCUUAUAAUAAUAUGAAGAAUAAAAUCCCUUGGAAAUUGUCAAAAAGCCAGAUUUUACUCUUUUGUUUGCUAAACAUAACGAGGGACAGCUCCAACUUUGAUUGUUAAGCAGGUUGAAAUAACUCCCUCGUUAUUUUUUUCUGAAAUAACUUGCGUUAUAAUUUAAUCAUUGAUUCAUCAGAGAGGUUAAGUUUCACGUUUAUGUCAAACGUCAAACGCGAAUUUGCAGCACGUGACCAAGUUUUGCCUUUGCUUUUCGUUUACUGUUCAUUAUUUGUACACAUAAAUUAGUAGUGUCACCCAAUGUUUUAUCCGUAAGAAUUUUUUUUGCGCAUUUUUUAUCUGCUCAUUUUCUGUUUUGAGAAAUUCUCAACUUAAAUCUGACGUCUGCCGUUUGCCGUGUACGUGAAGCUGUUCCCAGUACAAGAAAUGAGAUGAGGUUACGUUUGUGUAUAAUAUAUAUGAUGAUGAUGAUGAUGAUAUCGAUGAUGAUCAUUGUAAUGACGAUAAUAAUAACGAUAAUGAUUAUCAUGAUAGUGAUGUGUCAAUGAAUAUAACUAGACAGUCUUCCAAAGUUCUAAAUGGAAGUGUUCAUUUUGCAGGUAUUUCCUGAUGGCUGGGUCAGAAAUGAAAUCAAUGAUUUAGCCGUACACUGCCCUCACAAGGAACGCGGUUGUGACUGGGAGGGAAAGAUAGCCAGCCUAGAGGUGAGUCUAAGGUUCUACUUCUGUAUUUUCCCUGAUAAACAAUGUUAUUCUUUCGGAAAUCCAGGCAUAAUAUAAUAAUUUCUACGAACAUUCUCAUAUAGAAGAAGAACAACAGCAACAACAACGACGACAACAGCAACAACAGCAGUAAUAUCAAAAUUUGAAAAUCUACUUUUUGUAUUACGCAAAAGACACAAUCAUUUAUAAAACAUCACAGUGAUAAUACAUAUUAAUUUAGGACCUACGUGGUGUACAGACAGGUCUGUAUUGUCAUGGCAAUAACAAUCUUACGGAUAGAUUUCUCAGAGUAAAAUAUGGAGCCUUACCACGAUUUAGCGUCUUGGGUAGCCUGUUCUGGAUCGCGGAGCAAGGUUGAGAGUGAAUGGUUAAUCCGAAACCAAAUAAGGGUGAAGUAUAUUAGCGAAUUCUCGCAGGCAAAUUUGAAAUUUAAGUGUCCUGAAAUGGCUAAUUAUCUUCUGAUAAUAGCAACGAACCAAGUUUGUAAUGGUUAUAAUACCACUUUAGCUGUGAACGCCGGAAACCCGAUGCUCCCGUUAAUUCAAAAAUAUAUUAAAGGUAAAAAUGUAACAUCUCAGACUAUUUAGGAUGACAAUAACCAAGGUCAAUUGUGGUAUUAGCCUCCAACUCCACCAUUUAUCUUAAGGUGCGCUUCGGUCGGUCGUAGCCUUACAGACUAUGCAUGAAAACGACGUUGGAAAAUAAAAAGUCUUAAAACUUUACAAACAUGGAUAAAAUGAUUGAUAUAUUACAACAAGUCCCAAACGGAAUUGACCGCGAUUGCAUUUCUUUCCAGCUGGAAAACGUAAUUGAUUUACUUGUGAGAUUGGCACAUUUUUACUAAGAUGGCGGACUGGUUUUAGCGGUUCUUUGUGCGGCGUUAACAGCGGUGGAAAAUUGCCGUCAAUCUGAGGAUAACCCCUGUCAAUUCCGUUUUGGACUUGUUGUAAUAUAUCUAUCAGGGCACGCCUAAGGUACCGAAUAAGCACCUCACGAGGUGAGCAAGAUGGACAUGUCUCGUUUGAAUACCAUUUCGGUUUGCUUGCAGUAUGUACUAAAUAAUACUGUUUAAGAUCCAGGCCUGGAUCCUAAGUAAACUUCUCACGUGAUGCCCUUUUUGCAAAUUGCCUUUUUUGCGAUGCCUCAAGUUUUGCGUUAUGCCUCUUUGCGUACUGCAUUUUUGCGUCAAUUGCCUUUUUGCGUGUUGGCUCUUUGCGUGAUGCCUCUUUGCGUGUUGCUUUUUUGCGUGUUGGCUCUUUGCGUGAUGCCUCUUUGCGUGUUGCGUUUUUGCGUGUUGGCUCUUUGCGUUAUGCCUUUUUCGUGUUGGCUGUUUGCGUGAUGCCUCUUUGCUUGUUGCCUUUUAGCGUGAUGCCUUUUUCUGCGUGAUACCUAUAUGAUAGUGGCUUUUUUAGUAUUUCUUCCUUCUCCCGUCCAGAAAAAAAAAAAAAUUGCAAACUUUGACUCGGUAUAUUUCAGAUUUGACUUAGCCCUUUUCACUUUUAGGUUAUUGAAUUUUGUCAUAAAUAUACCCUCAUAACCUUAGCGUAUCUUAGAUCACGGAUAUGCGCAUAUCUAAAUGCUAAAACAAUGAAGGACACACUUGGCUUUGUUUUGGUUAACUAAGCGUGCCGAAUCUUUUUGUUUCUUCUGCUAGCGUGCUAAAUGUCACGGUAAGCGUGCGUUUUAUAGUACACGUAGCGUGCAAUUUGAGCAUUAAACACGCUAAACACGCUAGAUUACUAUACGACAAAAAUUAAAUUGCUUGUGUAUUCAGCGAAAUGAAUCGCAACUGAAAACUAGUCGAUAAAACUUAAAUAAACCGUUUUGUUACCAAAAACCCGAGAUAUAUCUGUAACAAAAAGGCACACAGAUUUGUUUCAUGGAAUUUGAUGGUAUUUAACAAGGACACGAACACUAAAUACCUUAGUUGACUUGGUUAACAUCUUGCGCCUUGCAUACAUUCAGCGAAUGCAAUAGACCUUUUUACCGAUACGAGGGCCAUAUUGAAUUAAUUCGAUUUAAGGAGUAUUAUAGAGUGCCCAUUUUUUAGAAUAGGAUUCUGAUGGGAAAAAAGGUCCUUGUGCCGUGUUCAGGAUCGAUGUAAUAAUGAUCGCCUUUUUGCCGAGAAAUAUACAGUGAAAGACCAUAUUUCUAAUACUAAACUAGAAAAAGGCGAUCAUUAUUACAUUCAAACACGGCGCAAGGAUCUUUUUUCCCAUUAAAAUCUUAUUCUAAGAAAACUUAAAAAAAAAAAUGUCCCGAAAAGCGCUCGAAAAUACAAACGAAAUGUGCUCAUGCCCCCUGGGCAUCCUGUAAUACUCCUUUAGUCGAAUUAAUUCCGCCGUAUCGGUAAAAAGGUCUAUUGGUCGCUGAUUCCGUAAACCAGAAUAGCUCGGUUAACCACUAUAACUUUUAGACCGGAAUUACAGGAAACGAAUUUCCCCUUGACGAAGCCAAUUUCCCUGCUUAGCUCGGAAACGAAAACAAAAACGUUUGGUCGCAGGUAAAAAAAGAGUAAACAAACAAGCACUUAUCAUGUCACACGCUUCUGUUUGACUUUCGCUGCAGCUGAGUUUGAGUUGAAAUUGUCAAAAAAUGAUGAAGUACUCUUGGAGAAACCUUCGAUACACAUCAGCCUUUGACUGCCUACUACUGACCCUUCAAUAGAGUACGAUACAUGUAGAAGUAUAUAUAAGUUUCAAGUAACGUAUGCAGAUUUACUUAUAGUUUAAAACACAGUUUCGAAGUGAGCGUUUUAUGUUCUGCUUUGAACUGUGCACUUGGAGAUUUAUUAUAUUAGCUAUUCAGUUUUAUCCAGGUUAAUUAUAUCUUGUGUUUGUUAUAGGACUGCUCGCAAGCAUUACCAUUUUGACUACUAUUUCCGACUAACUUCAAGAUCAAAUUUCUCCUUCAUCAUCGUGACUGAUCACACGACCCGAUGCAAGUUAUGCACCAAAACUCAAACACACAUUUUAUAAUUCACAGGAUAGCCUUCAUACAAAAAUACACAGACACAAUUGGCCAAAAUCACAGGCUGAAUGGCAAACAUCCAGCCUAUUCGAGCUUGUGUUGGUUUCCUGCGUGGCUAUUUCCAACUGGAGACUAAAUAUGGCCUGAUUUCUUCUUCUUGUUACAAUAGCCAAGGAUACAAAGUAACAUCAACCCGUAUCAGGGUAGAUUCACAUUCGUGCUAGUAAUAGAUUGCCGGCAAAAAAAAAAAAACAAAAAAAAGAAAAAAUUUAAGAAGAAGUUUAAGAUGGGAAAUAAUUUGUUCAGAGUUCAAUGUCAAGAUGUAUUUGGAUACAACCUCUUUUGAGGAGUUCGAUCUUAUGCUACAUAUGUUACCUGUACUUAUAUUUCACUAGCACAACCCCUGUUUUAGUUUAAAACAAGGAUGGAAUUUGCUAGAACACUGCGCCUCAUAACGAACAAUAAAACUAAUUUUUCCAGUGACAUUUAUUUUCCCACUUAAAUUUCUAGGAACAUAUUUCAGGGUGUGACUUUGUGGAGAUACCUUGUAUGUUUGAAAAGUGUCAAACAAAAGUGCUUAAGUCGAAACUUGCUGAACACCUUGAAAACGAAUGCAGCCAAAGAAAAUCAAAGUGUGACCACUGUGGUCUGGAAAUGCUGUUUGGUGAAGUGAAGGUAACAUUUUGUUCACGUGCUCCUAAACGUACUUGUCUUAUAGCACCUGAGAGAUUUCUCUGUGUUUUUUACUAGCACUGAACUUUAAUGAACCAAAAAACAAACAACCAAAAAAAGAAACAAAAACUGUGGUCUGUCUCUCUUUUGGGGCCCAACGGAACGUCCUCAGUAAAAGGCUCAAAGCUUGUGUGCUGUGAUUGCGCUUAUAAGAUCCAUCUUCUUUAAUUUCAGUGUUGCCUAUUACUCAGUCCCAACCACUACCCUAAACUUGAUAGAUUAUUUUUAAACGGUGCAUGACGACCAUUCUGACGGAUACUUCAAAAGUCGCACCCCUUGUUUUUGCACGUAGGAAAUCUUAUGUAAAUUCCAUUCAAAUCGUUGAAUUAACGAUCGAAAAAAAACGUUAUCUAGAGCACUACGAAGUGGAAGGGAAGUACAUGUUAUCAUUCACUUUUGAAGUAAUUUAAUAAAUCAAAUAAACAAUCGGUUGUCCCCUGAUUGUUUUAACAGAAUCAUGUUAGCAGCGACUGCCAAUCAAUUCCCAUUGACUGUCAUCUUUGUGACAAGAAAGGCAUUCUUCGGGGAAAGUUACAGGAGCAUCACGAUCCAGAAUUUGGUGACUGUGAAGGCACCAAAGCGUUCUGCCCAUUUUUUACACUUGGCUGUAGAUCCAGAGAGGUAAUAAGGCAGACGUAAACGAUUGAAUGUGUUAUAAUACGUAAAUAAUUUCGCAAAUUUUAGAAGCUAUAUGUUAAGAUAAUUAACCAUAGACUAGUUUCCUAUAUUUUUUAAAUGCGUUAGACGAAGGAGAGCGCCAUUCUAAUUGUGUUUUUUUAGUAACAUGCUUACUAACCCAGUUUUCAUAAAUCCAGGUAGGUAUCUCAAUGGAAUAAGUACCUAAACCCAAAUUUUGUUAUUUGCAAACAAAAUUAAGUAGAAUCGAAGCACUUUGAAGUUGCAAACACUUUUCAAGCAAUUGUUGUGGGUUGAAUUGUAAUUUGCAUUACAUCUAACAAGCCCCAUAUCUUUGUUGAUAACGCUCUUAAAUCACCGACACUGUGAUUCACGCUGAGCGCCAUAUCUUGUGAAAUGAGCGGCCGUCGUCUUGAGUUUGGAUUGCUCAAAAUUUCUUUAUGAUUACUCCUGUCUUUGAUUCCUGCAAACGCACACGUUGUCAAAAAAUUUUCAGCUUGAUUUACACUUGAAACACCACGAUUCCUUAUUUUUUAUAUCCUUUACAAAAAGGUUUUGCAACGUAUUUUGAACUGGUUCUGAGUACAAUUAUGCUCAAUUUUAUUGUUUUGAUUUCGACUUGUCAUUGGCUAAUUUCAAAAUUUGUUUCAAAAUUUUGUCUGGGUGUCCUCGGUUCAUGUAGUAGCAUUGUAAAAACAGACAAAAGUGAAAUCGGCUAAUGUUAGUGCUAUUAUAAGGUAGUUCACGGAAUAAUUUUUAGUCACUUCUGAUUGACAGUAUUUUAAUUAUCUCUACGUUGUUAUGAGUGUAUUUCUGGUGUUUGCAGGAGAUGAAGCUCACUGAGAGAAGGCGUCACGAGCAAUCGUUGGUAAUGUAUCACCUCAACCUCCUGCUUCAUUUUGUGCUUUCUUUGAGGGACGAUUUUGAAGGUUAUUGUAACGAGAUAAAGCCAAUCGAUCGACUGAAGUCAACAGUCAGCCAGCUUCUCGCUCAGGUAACGGCAGUGGUACGCGAGAAUGGAAGUAUCCAAGAGGAAGUCGAUAGCUUAAGGACGCAACUUGCGCGGGUAGAGGAAAAUUUGAUGGAACCGCAUUCUGCUGCAACCGGGCAACAUCACUCCUUGCAAGUGCAGUAUCAACAAAUAACUGCAAUGUUAGCUGAUUUUAAGCGUCAGCUGAACAACAUGGAAGCUAAGUUUGAAAAUCACGAGUUGCUGCUGUUCGAAGCAAAUCGCUAUAUUGAAGAGCAAAACCAAGAGAUUGCUAGGUUGAAGAGACAAGAGGAAAUUGACAGAGAGCAAUUAAACCGGUUACAAGCCAAAGUAAUAUCUGUGGAGGAGAGCUUGAAGAGACGGAAUAUACCACCGAAAGCUGGUAUUCAAAGUUCCCCGAGAGAUCAAGAACCAAACAGCUUUGAUGGCACUCUUCUAUGGAGGAUAAAUAAUGUUUCAGCGAAAAUGUAUGAUUCGUUUAACGAACCGGAGAAGUCGUUUUAUAGCCCGCCGUUCUUUACAAGUCGUCAUGGAUACAAAAUGUGCGCACGUAUUUACCUGAAUGGUGACGGGAUGGGAAAGGGGACACACAUUUCGCUGUUUUUCGUGCUAAUGCGGGGUGAGUAUGACCCGUUACUUCGCUGGCCAUUCAGACAAAAGGUUACCUUCAUGUUGUUGGAUCAAAACAAUGUGGAGCACGUGAUUGACGCCUUUAGGCCGGAUCCAAACAGUUCGUCCUUCCAAAGACCGAGAAGGGAGACGAACAUCGCCAGUGGAUGCCCCCUCUUCCUGCCGCUUGCGGAUUUAAAUAACCACUCUUAUAUCAAGGAUGACGCAAUGUUCAUAAAGGUUAUCGUUGACUGCUCCGACCUGUAAAGAAAAGAAGAACUAAUUAGUUUGUGUCUUUGGAAAAAACGUCAAACGAUUUAGAUAAUGAGCGUUUAUUAUUUCCUUAAUUUACGAUUUAACAAAACUAAUUUCCUGCUAAACUGACUGAAUUGUUGACUACUUAUCAGCUGAACAAUUAAUUAAUGUAUAUUACCCGGCACUGCGUUCCAGUGUUUCGUUAAAUAAUACCUAAAGCACUUUACGCCUUAUUUGGUGCUAUUAUCCCUACGUAAAGACAAUACGCCUCGCGCAGAUUGGAUUCUAAAGUGCUGUUCUAAAGUGCUGCACAAGCCCGACCCUCAAUAACAAAAUAUGAUAUCUAGAACUGUCCUUGUAAUUGAAUCCGAAAACGCGCUUCAUUACGUCUGAUUUUCUAGCUUACUAAUGUGUCUGGCUGCGCGAUAGUGCCAGACUUGCGUUAAAGAAAGUUGGGCUUUUAACUCUUACAAGGAAUACUAUUUUUAACCUGAUCAACGCAUCCAGUCCCACCUCCUACUUUACGACAAUUAUCGGAAAUGUAUGGGCAUUAAAUUUGAGCAUAUUUACCUUUAACACCUAAUAACUUGACAUCGUUUGAAUGGGAUUCAUUUUAUCCGCACAUUAAAUUGCCAUGGCCUCGAUGAUGUUAGUGUUUCCCAAAAUGAGAGCUUGAUACUUCUCGUGAGUCACCUUCAUCCCGGUUCACUGUGACCAGUGCAGUGCGUGAAGAAUAAGUCCCGCUGAUUAAUAUCCUCCUUGACAACCUGGCAAUUGGCUGCACCACCCUAUUGGAAAGCUUAGAUCAUUACUAAAAAUUUUCGCUCGCAGGGGUCCAAAAAUAGACCCCUGCGAGAACCAUAAUGCCACACUCGACCAGGUUGAAACGGUCUUAAAUGAACAUAAAAACUGCAGAGCUAUUGGUACUACCUAAAAGUUAACUUUGCAAGCCAUAAACUCGACACUUUCUGUUGGUGUCUUGUUCAUGUCUUGAAAACCUUUUUACGUAGGUCAAUCAGCUUUUCAGAUUUAUCGUCACUUGGUAUAUUCGUUUGCGGUCCUUUGCAGUUAAUUUUAAGUUGAAUAGAUGCCGCCUAACUUCACUGACUGGAAUGGUCACAUAAGUGCACAGGGAGACAAAACUCGAAAUAUGAGUGACGUGUCAGCCAUGUUAUGAAUCCUUCGAAACAGGGCAAGGAUUUGUAGAGCUCGUGCUCCACGCAGCAAAGUAAAGACAUAUUACUUGAGCGAGGUGACUAUAGGGCGUUGUUAAUUCAAAUAUAUUUCCCUUUUUUAAGUUUUCUGAAGCAUUUAGUAAACUUUGUUCUGCUAUACAAAUACCUAUUAUUCGAAGGUUAUGCAACAGGACUAACGUUUAUUUUUCAAGCUUGGGCUACAUGUGACGAACUAAAGAAACAUUCAAAUGCAAGAGAUCGUUAUUUGGUAAGUUGCUAACAGUUUUGUGUUUUCAGUAACAUUAAUUCACUUACAUUAUUUUAUUGUAAUUGUAAAUGUAAUUUGUGUACCCACGGAACACUUAGGAGUUCAUGAGAACUCGUAGAAAGUGUCCGUGCGUUCCAGAUCGAAUUGGAAUUUGGAAGGGUUGGUUUUUAAGGAGAGGGGAAAACCGGAGUACCCGGAGAAAAACCUCUCGGAGCAAGGGAGAGAACCAACAACAAACACAACCCACAUAUGGCGCCGACGCCAGGAUUCGAACCCGGGCCACAUUGGUGGGAGGCGAGCGCUGUCGCCACUGCGUCACCCUUGCUGCGCCACAAUUUGCAUUAGUUGUUUGUUACAGAUCGAAAAAGUGCCGGAGACGACAAUAAUUAUUGCGACGGUGUUAUCAAAAUUGUGUGAUUUGGUGCCACUUUUAAUACAGUUUCCAGAAAUAGAGG